CGUACAUUGUAGGCGGCCAAUUCUGUCUAUUGUGUUUAUCUUGAGCUCUCCUCAGAAUUGUCGUGAAUGGAUGCUGUUUUAUCGAUUACGAUUCUUAAGCCUCCCUUGGAUAUGGACUGGAAGACGUCUUAAAUAUUAGUCAGCUGUAUACAGAUGCAAAAAUGAACAAAGGGUGGCUGGAGCUUGAGAGUGACCCAGGGCUGUUCACUCUGUUGGUAGAAGAUUUUGGUGUUAAGGGGGUGCAAGUAGAGGAAAUAUAUGAUCUUCAAAGCAAGUGUCAAAGUCCUGUCUAUGGCUUCAUCUUCCUGUUCAAAUGGAUUGAGGAACGUCGAUCCAGGAGGAAAGUCAACACUUUGGUGGAUGAAACAUCUGUCAUUGAUGAGGAAAUUGUAAAUGAUAUGUUCUUUGCUCAUCAGCUGAUACCAAAUUCAUGUGCCACCCACGCAUUGCUGAGUGUGCUUCUGAACUGCAGUGGUGUUGAGCUUGGCACCACACUCAGUCGUAUGAAGGCUUUCACAAAAGGCUUUAGUCCAGAGAGUAAAGGUUACGCAAUAGGAAAUGCCCCAGAGCUUGCCAGAGCACACAACAGCCAUGCAAGACCGGAGCCCAGACACCUGCCUGAGAAACAGAAUGGGAUCAGUGCAGUGCGGACCAUGGAAGCCUUCCAUUUUGUCAGCUAUGUGCCCAUCAAGGACCGCCUCUUUGAGCUAGAUGGGCUCAAGGCUUACCCUAUUGACCAUGGACCCUGGGGAGAGGAGGAGGAAUGGACUGAUAAGGCUCGACGUGUUAUCAUGGAGAGGAUUGGACUGGCAACUGCUGGUGAGCCGUAUCAUGACAUCCGUUUUAACCUAAUGGCAGUGGUGCCUGACCGCAGGAUGAAAUAUGAGUCUAAACUAGAAAUUUUAAAGAGGAAUCGACAGACCGUGCUGGAAGGACUUCAGAAGAUGAUCCGACUCACACAGCCUGAGCUUGUCCAUGACAAGAAACAACAGGACAAUUCCUCUCCUGAUGAUAACACCAACGUGAUCAAAAAAGAGGCAGAUGUGGAGCCAACUACAUCUCAGGGGGCCGAUCAGGCCUCUUCAGAUUCUGUGGAUGAAUCAGGAGUUCAAUCCAAGGACACCCCUAGCCCAUCAGGAAAUGCAAAACUCAUGGCCAAACCUCCAGUCCCCAUGGCAGGAGGUCCCCAGCAAGUUACUAGUCCAAAUCCCAUCGUCCAGCGUCUGCCUGCCUUUCUGGACAACCACAAUUAUGCAAAGUCUCCAAUGCAGGAAGAAGAGGAUCUUGCUGCUGGAGUUGGUCGCUCUCGGAUGGCAGGCCCUCCCCAACCCCCAUAUUCUGAUGAUGAAGAUGACUAUGAAGACGAUGAGGAGGAAGUUGCAGGAUCUGCAGGCACAUCAAACAGAUUUAGGCGGAAGGCGAGUCUGCGAUCACGAACAGGACGGGUUGGGACUGGAAUGGAGAGCCAGAUUGCCCUCAGCGUCUUGGCUGAGAAAUUGAAGAAAGAGGCUCAAAGGAAAGAUGCCCUAAAUACACCCCUUUCUGUCCGCACAGAAGGCCGCACUGGGGGCAUUUGUAUCACAUCUGCUUCACAGCCUUCCCCCACACCCAGUAACGAAAGCACCGACACAGCCUCUGAGAUUGGCAGCGCUUUCAAUUCCCCCCUGCGCUCACCAGCACGCUCCCAGGCUGCCACGCGGCCAUCAAGUCCAGUUGCAUCCCAUCUGUCCCGUGUGUUGUUUGGAGAAGAUGAGAUGCUGAGGCUCGACUCCAGACAUAACCGUGCUGUAAGAGAACUAGGUCCUUCUGUCAGCAUAGCCCUGCUACACCUACAGGAAGAUGGAGUCAUCUUUGCUCUCCCUGCAUCUGUAGAUUUGGCUGCAGAUGGCACAAAACAGCUUUGCAGUCCUGAAAAGAUAAAAGACAAAGAGCAAACAGGCAACGUAGCAGGAGAAAAGAAAGAAGUUAAGCCAGGAGACGAGGGACCCUCUGUGGAGGUGAAAGAAGAGGAGAACAAAGAUGGAGCAGAGGUGAAACCUAGCAAGGAAAAGCUUAAUGCUAUGGAAACCUCAGCAGACAGCAAGCCUCCCGGGGAUAAAUACUCCCCGAAAGAGCUGCUUGCACUGCUCAAGUGUGUAGAGGCAGACAUUGCCAAUUAUGAGGUGUAUCUAAAGGAGGAAGUUGAAAAGAGAAAGAAAUACAAGAUUGAUGAUCAGAGGAGGACCCACAAUUAUGACGAGUUCAUCUGCACCUUUAUAUCAAUGCUGGCUCAAGAAGGAAUGUUGGCCAGCUUGGUUGAACAAAAUAUUUCGGUGCGUCGUCGGCAGGGUGUGAGUAUUGGGCGAUUGCACAAACAACGGAAACCUGACCGCAGGAAACGCUCUCGUCCUUAUAAAGCCAAACGCCAGUAAUUACCAACAAUCAUAACCUUUUAUGAGUAAUGUACUCGUGUAAGCACCAAGCAAUCACCAGAGAGAGAAAGAAAAUGCUGCACUACUCAAGCUCUGUAAUAAAGGCUGAUUACUGUUGUAUUUUAGUCAGAGCCCCCUCCGCUUUGUGAACUUGACCUUACGUUUGGUCAACUAUUUUAUGUAUGUAAAUAUGUACUUCAACUUUACUCUGUGUAAAUUUUCCUUUAGUUCCACUGCUAUUGACAUUUUGUAAAUAUGAUAAACGGCGUGUUAGCAGUAAUGCUUCUAUCAGGACUUCUUUCUUGUUUUGUGAUCAGUAUAGUUUAUGAAAUUAUAUUACUCUAAAUUCUCCUUCAUAACUCAGUAACUAUUAGUCAAUGUUUCCCCAACUGUAUCACUCAUGUGUUUCGCAGUACCAAUGAAGGACUGAAUGUUUUAGCAAAUAGGCCACGUUUUAUUCAUCCAUAACAUUUCAGUGUCUUCAUUCACUGCAGCUAUCUACUGUGUAACAUGUAGAACAUCUUUUAAUUGCAUUCUUCAUUGACAGUUUUAAGCAGAUGUUAUGAUGCAUCAGGUUUUUUUUUCUUUUAAGUGUAAUGUCUUCAAACUGAAGAUCUUUAGGUGUCUAUGUAUCUCUUGAGGUCCUGCAAAUGGAAAAAGUAUCUCUUGUGUUAUUUUUGUACCUGAAAUGAAUCUCAUCAAGUGAAACUUAAUUUGAAUGUGUACAGUUGUGUGUUUUGUACAUAUGUAUCUGUUAAUUAGCUCACUUCUUCGUUGAGAUCAUUGUUCUUUGUACCUGUCACCUCAUGUUACAAUAAAGAGUAUGAAAAUA